GCCCGUCUGCACGGUACACGCUUGACAGCUGCCAAACGUCAUUUGCGCGACGGAAAACGGAAGUCGGCAACGGUGUUCAGCUUGGCAGAAUCGGUCCAUUUUGACAGCCUUUUUACUCUCCUCGAGUGUAUGGGAAUAGACGUGUAAAAUGAAGUUGAACGUAUCGUUUCCCGCUACGGGGGCUCAGAAGACCUUCGAGAUCCCCUCGGACGACCACAAGCUGCGUCACUUCUAUGACAAGCGUAUGGGCACGGAGAUCGGCGCCGAUCAUCUCGGUGAGGAAUGGAAGGGUUACAUCCUGAAGAUUGCCGGCGGUAACGACAAGCAGGGUUUCCCCAUGAAGCAGGGUGUGCUGACGAACACUCGUGUCCGUCUGCUCCUGAAGAAGGGCCACUCGUGCUACCGCCCGCGCCGUGCCGGCGAGCGCAAGCGCAAGUCGGUGCGUGGUUGCAUCGUCGACCAGAACCUGUCCGCCCUGGCACUGGUGAUCGUGCGCAAGGGCGAGAAAGACAUUCCCGGGCUGACCGACGUGAACGUGCCGCGCCGUCUCGGUCCGAAGCGUGCGAGCAACAUCCGCAAGCUGUACAACCUGAGCAAGGAGGAUGAUGUGCGCCACUACGUCGUCAAGCGCCCGCUGCCGGUGAAGGAGGGCCAGAAGCCGCGCUUCAAGUCGCCGAAGAUCCAGCGUCUGAUCACGCCGGUGGUGCUGCAGCGCAAGAGACACCGUCUGCUCAUCAAGAAGCGCCGCUCGGAGGCGCGCCGCGAAGCCGAGUCGCAGUACUCGCGCCUGCUGGCGCUGCGCCGCCGGCAGGAGCGUGUGCGCCGCCACUCGCGCCUCUCCUCGAUCCGCGACUCGCGCAGCUCGCUGACGUCGGAGAAGGACAAGAAGUCGCUGGCCGCGGCCAAGAAGAAGGAGGCCGCCUCCAAGAAGGAAGCCGCCGCGCCCAAGAAGGAGGCGGCACCGGCCAAGAAGGCUGCGGUCGCGAAGAAGGACGCCGGCAAGAAGGACGCCGCCAAGAAGACCGUCGCCAAGAAGGAGGUGAAGAAGGAUGGCAAGAAGGAGGUGAAGAAGGAUGCCGCCAAGAAGGACGCCGGCAAGAAGGAGGUGAAGAAGGACGCCCCCAAGAAGGACGCGGGCAAGAAGGAGGUGAAGAAGGACGCCGGCAAGAAGGAGGAGAAGAAGCCGGCGGCAGCGUCCGCGCCGGCGGGCAAGAAGGCCGCAGCGAGCAGCGCGAAGCCGGAAGCCGCCAAGAAGGCCGCCCCGAAGACCGAGGGCAAGAAGCCGGCGGCAGCAGCGGCCGAGAAAAAGCCGGCCAAGAAGGAGACGGCGGCACCGGCAGCGGCUGGAGCCAAGAAGGAAGCCCCGAAGCGCAAGCCGGAACCGGCGGCCCAGCAGAAGGGUGAGGCCAGCGCAGCCAAGAAGGAGAAGAAGCAACAGCAGCCGAAGAAGAAGUAAUUUUCUUGCAAUCGGUAGCAGUGGCGAGUGGAAAAGCGUAAAAAAAUCCCGGUACCCGACCCCCAACGGCGCCGUACCGCGGCACCGAUGCUCCGAUCCUGACUUCGGACACCUGCGACCCGGGUUCGUUCCGGAUUCGCUACUAGGGGUUUUGUAAUUUAAUCUUAAACGAUAUGAAGAAAAACACAAUACAAAGGUAAUGAUAAAGGAUCGGACUUGGUGUACAA